AUGCAAUACGCAAAUAACCCUGUGAUCCAGGGCAGCGAGGUGCGGCAGAUGUUCAGAAGUGUCCUCAGCCAACUAGCCAUGUUGACUCACGAGAUCCGCUACUUUGACUAUGUCGCCCCUCGUAUCUAUCAAGCCGCAACUAUCCGAUAUCUUGUCAAAGGAGACAGCCUGGAUACCGACGAAAUCACUAUCCCCGGGUUUGCCGUGUUCUUUGUCCGGAAGGACGAUGCCGGGCGUAUGAAGUGUUAUCGGGUUGAGACCUUCCUGGAUCCAUCGGCUGUAUUCCAGCGAAUUGCUGAAAAGCAAAGCCAGCAAUAA